CAUCCAACUGUCAUGGCUUCCUGAGCGAGCGGAUGUCAAACCUCAAUCUUAGGAGAAAUAUCCGGCUUUGUCUUUUUUUUUGAGGAGGAAUUUGGUGCUUUACAUAUCAGUUGUUGUGAUUUGACAUUUAACUCACUAUGGCAGGGAGCAGCACGGCUCAGAAAACAUGGGAGCUGUCCAACAGAAUGCAAGAGGUCCAGAGCAUCGAUGAAAUUUACAAAUAUGACAAAAAACAGCAGCAAGAAAUCCUCGCCGCGAAGCCAUGGACGAAGGAUCACCACUAUUUCAAGUACUGCAAAAUCUCAGCUCUGGCCCUGCUAAAGAUGGUGAUGCACGCCCGCUCUGGUGGAAACCUGGAGGUGAUGGGUCUCAUGCUGGGGAAGGUGGAUGGAGAAACCAUGAACAUUAUGGACAGCUUUGCUUUGCCUGUCGAGGGGACAGAAACCAGAGUCAACGCCCAGGCUGCAGCCUAUGAAUACAUGGCUGCCUACAUCGAAAAUGCCAAACAGGUCGGUCGGUUGGAAAAUGCCAUUGGCUGGUACCAUAGUCACCCAGGCUACGGAUGCUGGCUCUCAGGCAUAGACGUCAGCACUCAGAUGCUCAACCAGCAGUUUCAGGAACCUUUUGUGGCUGUUGUGAUCGACCCCACUCGGACUAUUUCUGCAGGAAAGGUCAACCUCGGUGCCUUUAGGACGUACCCAAAGGGUUACAAGCCUCCAGAUGAGGGACCAUCGGAAUAUCAGACAAUCCCCCUGAAUAAGAUCGAAGAUUUUGGUGUGCACUGUAAACAGUAUUACGCCCUGGAAGUGACUUACUUCAAGUCUUCCCUUGAUAGAAAGCUGCUGGAACUCCUCUGGAAUAAAUAUUGGGUCAAUACCUUAAGUUCCUCCAGCCUCCUAACGAACUCGGACUACACCACGGGCCAGGUGUUUGACCUGUCGGAGAAGCUGGAGCAGUCGGAGGCCCAGCUGGGCAGAGGCAGCUUCAUGCUCGGCUUGGACACACACGACAGGAAAUCUGAGGACAAACUGGCCAAAGCAACACGAGACAGCUGCAAGACGACCAUAGAGGCAAUUCACGGCCUGAUGUCUCAAGUCAUUAAGGACAAACUCUUCAAUCAAAUCAACACAUCUGCCAAUUAAAACUGAAACACAAAGCGAUUUGAAUUUUACCUCGAAGUUGUUUCUUGUGCAUGCCAGGAUGUAAAACUGCUUGGAUUAGCAUCAUUUCUGAUUUAAGAGGUUUUUGGUUGUUUUUGGAGCAAAAUGCAGUUAUGCAUCCAAAAAAAUAAAAUAUUAAAGGCA